ACAUGAACCACCUAGUGAAAAGAGCUUAAUUUGUAAGUGUUAAGAUUCGUUGUCCUGUGUUUAGCUACAGUGAGGAUGAGUAUGAACUUUAAGCUAAUCACAGUAUGCAUCCUCUUGGGCGUAUUUAGUUGUGUGCAUGCUGAUCUCAAAUUAGGAUUUUAUUCUCAAAGUUGCCCGAAAGCUGAGAAGAUUGCUCUCAACUAUGUCAAGAAGCAUAUCCCUAAGGCGCCGUCUCUGGCGGCUGCCCUUCUGAGGAUGCACUUUCAUGAUUGCUUUGUGAGGGGUUGUGAUGCUUCUGUUCUGAUAAACGCAACUACCAACCAAACAGAGAAAUUAGCACCGCCGAAUUUGAACCUUCGAGGGUUUGGAAUCAUCGACGGAGUCAAGAGUCUGCUUGAAAAAGAAUGCCCUGGGGUGGUUUCAUGUGCUGAUAUUGUUGCUCUCGUCGCUAGAGAUUCAGUUGUGGUCACUGGAGGCCCCUUUUGGAAUGUUCCAACUGGGCGAAGGGAUGGGUUCAUCUCAAAUGCAACUGAAGCUUUAAACCACAUCCCAGCACCAACAUUUAACUUCAGCGUUCUUACACAGUCUUUUGCUAGUAAAGGACUCAAUGUAACUGAUCUCCUUCUGUUAUCCGGAGCUCACACAAUUGGAGUUGCUCACUGCGGCCUUUCUUUCAGCAAUCGCCUUUACAAUUUCACAGGAAAAGGCGACCAAGACCCUGCUCUUGAUCCCUUUUAUGCCGCUAACCUCAAGAAGCUCAAGUGCAAAGGUCCUAAUGACAAUACUACAAUUGUUGAAAUGGACCCAGGGAGCUCUAGGACUUUUGAUCUCGGUUACUACAAGCUUCUUCUAAAGAGAAGAGGUCUUCUCCAAUCUGAUGCGGCUCUCACAACUAACGCUGCAGUUAAAUCUGCCAUUACUCGGCUAGUUAACAGUCCCCUCGAAGUGUUCUUCAAAGAGUUUGGUCUGUCAAUGGAGAAGAUGGGCAGAGUUCAGGUGUUGACUGGGUCGCAAGGAGAGAUCAGGAAGCACUGUGCAGUUGUGAAUAGCUAAGUGUUUUUGAGUAGUUUUACUUUUGGCGUGCAUUUGAUUGGUUUCUUAUGUUUUGGAUGCGUGUAAUAAGGCAUUGAUUUGAAUAUGUUUGCUUUGAGGUUUUGAGGGUAUUUGUUGUUUUUCUGUGAAAAUCAGAAUGAGAAAAAAUGAAUUGUAAUUCAUGCAUGUUCGUUUUA